AGUCUGAGGGUCCUCCGAGGGGUGAGGGGGUGGGCAGCGGUGAGGAAUGGGGCGUGGUGGCCUGAGACUCACAUCAGGGCUCAUUUCAUGCACCAGAGCCCCGAGCUCAGCUUCCGCCGGCCCUGCCUGAGCUUCCCCUUCUGCCCAGCCAGCGGCUGAAGUGCCCGGCGAAGACGCGGGUCCCGGAGGGCCCGGGCACCCCCAGGCAGAGAUGUUCCUGCCGCUGCUGUGGGCUGCGCUGUGGGGCGGUGAGUGGGGUACAGGGUCGCAGGCUCAGUCCCCUGAAUACUGGCUGCAAGUGCCGAAGGAGGUGAGGGUGCCGGAGGGCCUGUGUGUGCUGGUGCCCUGCUCCCUCCGGUACCCCCAACACGACUGGGAUGAGUCAACCCCAGCUCACGGCUACUGGUACAAGGACCACUGGAUCUUGAUGCGGGACCGAAAGGACUACAGGGACCUGGCGGCCACAAACAACCCGAAUAAACAGGUUCCACGGAGCACCCAGGGCCGAUUCCAGCUGGUGGGCGAACCCCGGGAUUUCAACUGCUCCCUGCUGAUCAGGGCGGCGCGGGUGGAGGACAGCGCCCGGUACUUCUUCCGCGUGGAGAGGGGCGAGAGCGUGAAGUACAGUUUCUUUGAAUUCAAGUUCAAGCUGGAAGUGACAGCGCCGACCCCGCAGCCGUUCCUCUACCUGCCGGAGACCCUGGAGCCCGGGCGCCAGGCGGCCAUCGUCUGUGUCUUCAACUGGACCUUCGAGGGAUGUCCAGCCCCUGCUUUCUCCUGGAGGGGGGCCGCCCUCUCCGCCCCAAGAAUCCGCAGUUACCCGCACUUCUCCAUGCUCACCCUCACCCCACGGCUCCAGGACCACAACGCAGCCCUCACCUGCCAAGUGGACCUCACAGAGGCGCAGGCGGAGAGGACUGUCCAGCUCAGAGUGGCCCACGCCCCCAGAGACCUGACUAUCAGCAUUUCCCGGGCAAACACGUCAGCACCGGAGCCCCACGGCCAGGGCGCGCAGGCCUGGCGUGUGGACGCGCGGAAAGGCCAGUUCCUGCAGCUGCUCUGCGCCGCCAAGGGCUGGCCACCCGCCACCCUGAGCUGGGCCCUGGAGGGCCGCGUCCUCGCCUGGUCACCGCCCUCGGGCGCCCAGGCCCUGGCGCUGGCGCUGCCCCGGGUGAAGGCGGGGGACGCGGGGAGAUACACGUGCCGCGCGGAGAACCGGCUGGGCGCUGGGAGCCGCUGGCUGGACCUGGCUGUGCAGUAUGCCCCAGAGGACCUGAGAGUGACGGUCUCCCUGGCAAACAGGACAGUCCUGGAAAACCUCAGGAAUGGCACGAUGCUUCCCGUCCUGGAGGGCCAGAGUCUGCGCCUGCUCUGUGACACCCACAGCAACCCCCGGGCCACCAUGAGCUGGGCCCUGGGGGGGCACACCCUGAGCCCCUCCCAGUCCAUAGGCCCUGGGGUCCUGGAGCUGUUUCAGAUCCGAAGGGAGCAGCAAGGAGAGCUCACCUGCCUGGCCCAGCACCCCCUGGGCUCCCAGCACAUCUCUCUGAGCCUGCAUGUGCAAUACCCCCCAUGGCUGCUGGGCCCCUCCUGCUCCCUGGAGGACGAGGGUCUGCUCUGCAGCUGCUCUGCCCGAGCCCAGCCGGCCCCCUCCCUGCGCUGGCGGCUGGGGGAGCAGCUGCUGGAGGGGAACAGCAGCAACGUCUCCACCCAGGUCACCUUCAGCCCCUCGGGGCUCUGGGCCAACAGCUCCCUGCGCCUCAGCGGGGGGCUCAGCUCUGACCUCACACUCAGCUGUGAGGCCCAGAACCCCCACGGGACCCAUACCGCUGCCCUCCUGCUGCAGCCAGGAAGAGCAGAUGAGAAGGGAUUCAUCUCAAAAACCCUCUCCCAUGGAAUACUUCUGGGAAUUGGUGCCACGACCCUCCUCUUCUGCAUCACCCUGAUCCUCGUGAAGACUCUAAGAAAGAAAGGACCCCCCCAAGAAAGGGUCACAAGGAGGAGCACCAUCCUGGAUUACAUCAACAUGAUGCCCCACGCAGGCCCCCUGACCCGGAAUCGGAAACCCAAACCAAGCGGGCCUCCCCAGCCCCCUCCUUCAAGCGCUGUCUCCCCAGAACCCAAGGGGAACCAGAAGGAGCUGCAUUUCGUUUCACACAGUCGCCCAGGACCCAGAUCACCCGCUCAGGUCCCAGAGGCAGAGCCUAAGCAAGAGGAGAUCCAUUAUGCUACGCUGCACUUCCUGGGGCUCAGGCCACGGGAGAUGCUGGCGCCCAGCGACUCGGAGUAUGCAGAAGUCAAGUUCCACUGAGGAUGGUGGGCUGCAGGGGAGGGGGAAACAGAGGCAAAGUCUCUCCCUUUAAAAAUUCUCCAAGGUGCUCCCAGCCCUGGUUGUGGGAACUGCUGGACCAACGUCUCCUGAGCGCCCUUCUCCACAUGCGUUCUGGAUGCCAGGAGAGAGGAGGGAGGGCCUAAGAGAUGGCUCAGCGGUCCCCUUGGUGGGACUGGUGAGCUAAAUCCCUCAGGUCAAGGCUGGGGCUGCCUAUUUUCACCCCACCCCCCAGGCUGAGUGUAUUUCACGUGUUCAAUGGCAGUGGGGGCGGGGUUAAAAAAGACUUGAGUUGCAUGGAAAUCAUAAGACAUUCAGACUCCAAUGCCCCAGAAUAAAGUCCGAGGGGUCCCU